AUGUUUAGAACAAUUAGAUUAAUACCUAAAUUGUUAAAAUUCACACAACUUGCAACUUGUUUGGCUCUAGUCUAUAAUUAACAAUAGAAAUUCAGAUGUUCCCAAAUUACUAUGCAAAACAUGAAAAUCAUAAAUGAAAAAGAUGUCAAUGCAGUCUUAGCAAAUCCAUAGUAUUUUACCAACACUAUCAUCAUUCUAAACAGAGACAUCAUCGAAGAUCUACCAAAACAUUUGUCUGUGAAAUUCUGUAUAUAUGAUGGUGCCUUCAAUGAUUAUGAUUUGAUUGCAGUCAACCAACACCGAUGUCUGCUAUUGAAAAUAAGAGGAGAGGAAGACUAUUUGAAAUUGCUUAAUUUUUUGACUCCCUUAUAGACUCUAAGCAGUAAAUAAGAGGCCAUUAACCUAAUAGAUCAAAUGGAUGCUAAGGUUGUAUUGAGUUACAUCCCUUAAUAAGCUAUAGUAAAAUCAGAAGAAUAAAUUAAUAAAUUUGACACAUUCAAAUAGCGUAAUUACAAAGAUCCCCAAUAAUUGGAGGAACAAUUCAGAGAACUCAGGUAUCUAGAUUACAAUAGAGAGGCUCAGUAUUACGUCAUCAAGGAUAAAACAGUGGCUGAUGAAUUCAACUUAUCUGCGAAUGAUAUAGGAGAAGUCUACGUACUCAAAUAGACCAGCAUCUUCAACUCAAAAGAGUCAUCCUUCUUUCACAAUGCCAAAGAGUAUUGCAUGAACAAAAUUGAACCAGACCCUAAUAUAGAGACAGCUGAUACUUUUAGAAUAAAGAAGAAAUAUGAUUCCAUUUCUGGAUAUAUCUUGGGAUCAUAGGAGUAGGCAGGUCAAUAAUUGAAUCUGCAAAAACUUGUACAAAGAUUGACUUUGACAUCCAAUAAUUAUGUCAAUUACGUCUUCAACAAACAAUAAAUGGAUUCCUAAUUGCUCAUCUACAAACAAAUGGGUGUCCAAUAUAUCAUGAUUUAUCAUACUUAGAAGGAAGUAAAGGAAAAGAUAAUCAGAAAAUUGGUGAAUGUAAAGAGAUCCAUGAACGCUGAAUACUAAUAGAAAUUUGGAAUCAUUUAUUCAGAUAAUAUAGAUCUACUCUAGUCGUAUUUUGGAAUAGUGAAUAAUGGAAUUACAGAUGAUGUCAGAUUAUUUGAUCUAAAUUCACAUCAAACUUACACCAAUUCCUUUAAUAUUGUACAUUUAGGACAGUAGGAAAGUAAUUAUGAUCAAUACAAAUAAUGUAAGAGAUACUCUUUUGAAGAUAAAUUAACUGUCAAUAGAUUAAAACAAUUUAUUGUUUAAACAACCAAAUUAUAGAUAUAAAACUUAGAACCAUAAGAUAAUUAUAGAGAAGAAUACUAUGAAAAAACAUUUGUUAAGAUCCCUUUGGAAAAAUUACAAACCAUAACUGCGAAUAACUUGGAGUUGUCAGGCUUUGAUUUCCUUUAUUUUUAUAAGCCAGGAUGUGCAGCUUGUAAUACAGUUGCUGAAACCUUGGAUAAAAUUGCUUAGAAUAUCCUCAAUCCAAAUCCUUAUAGAGUUAAAAAUGUUUAGAACUUUAAAAACAUCACUUUGAGAAAAUAUAAUAUUUUAAAUGAAUCCCAAGUGUUGCCAUCUCCAAUUCAAGCCCCGUAGAUCUAUAUCUUGUAUGAUGGGAAAAUUAAAUAAGCAGAUCUAGUACAAAAUAAGAUAAAUCCAGGAGAUGAAUCGAAAAUGCUUCACUUCUUAACAAAGCUUAUUGACAAUCUUUGA